AUGUUGUGUGGUUUCGCAAUAGUAACUCUGCUCAUCGCAACCCUGGGCUCUUCCAGUAUUCAGGCAGAAGGAAAACCAGCGACAAAUGGUGAUGAAGGGAACGGAUGCAGUGGGAAUGGGGUCACCAACGUUGGAGGAGCUUAUACUGAAUUAACUGGCAACAAUUUUGAGCUUGGUGGCGAAAUUCAUUGUAAAUCCGAAGUAAAAGAAUCAGGCGUUGUUUAUCAGGGAAUUGAUCCAUCAGAUAUGUCGCCACCUGCCGUGACUGUAUUGAAAGGUAACUCUGUUUCUGGUGGAGGUAUAAACUAUUUAGGAUCGUGGCUAAAACAGACUGAUUUUGUUUACAAAGUAUCAGAAAAUUCAGAAACGGAUCAAGAUAAAACAGAGGAUGAAAAAAAUUCAGUGAAUAAUAGUGUUGCUCAUAAUGCAUCAGAAACGAAAGACAUCAUAGAAAAUAAUGCCGAGAGUAAAGUAAAGUCUGUGAAUAAUAAUACUAGUACGGUACAAAAUAAAACAGAUGAUAAAGGACACUCCGUGGUUAAUGGUACUGCUCACAAUUCAACAAAUAACGAUACGAUACGAAAUAAUACUGAAAGUAAAGUUAACUCUGUGAAGAAACAUACGGUACAAAAUAAAACGGACGACAAAGAACACUCUGUGGUUAAUGGUACUGCUCACAAUUCAACACAAACUAACGAUGCGAUACGAAAUAAUACUGAAAGAAAAGUUAACUUUGUGAACAAAAAUACGGUACAAAAUAAAACGAACGACAAACAACACUCUGUGGUUAAUGGUACUGCUCACAAUUCAACACAAACUAAAGAUACGAUACGAAAUAAUACUGAAAGAAAAGUUAACUUUGUGAACAAAAAUACGGUACAAAAUAAAACGAACGACAAACAACACUCUGUGGUUAAUGGUACUGCUCACAAUUCAACACAAACUAAAGAUACGGUACGAAAUAAUGCCCAAAGUAAAGUAAAGUCUGUGAAUAAUAAUACUAGUACGUUACAAAAUAUAAUAGAUGAUAAAGCACACUGUGUGUUUAAUGGUACUGCUCACAAUUCAACAAAAGCUAACGAUACGAUACGAAAUAAUACUGAAAGUAAAGUUAACUCUGUGAACAAAAAUACGGUACAAAAUAAAACGAACGACAAACAACACUCUGUGGUUAAUGGUACUGCUCACAGUUCAACAAAAACUAACGAUACGGUACGAAAUAAUACGAAGACUAAAUCUAAAUCUAUGAAUAAUGGUACUAGUGCGGUACUAAAUAAAACAGUUCAUAAAGGACACUCUAUGAAUUCUAGCGUUGUUAACAAUUCAACACAAGCUAACGAUACGGUACGAAAUAAUACUGAAAGUAAAGUUAACUCUGUGAACAAACAUACGGUACAAAAUAAAACGGACGACAAAGAACACUCUGUGGUUAAUGGUACUGCUCACAAUUCAACACAAACUAACGAUGCGAUACGAAAUAAUACUGAAAGAAAAGUUAACUUUGUGAACAAAAAUACGGUACAAAAUAAAACGAACGACAAACAACACUCUGUGGUUAAUGGUACUGCUCACAAUUCAACACAAACUAAAGAUACGAUACGAAAUAAUACUGAAAGAAAAGUUAACUUUGUGAACAAAAAUACGGUACAAAAUAAAACGAACGACAAACAACACUCUGUGGUUAAUGGUACUGCUCACAAUUCAACACAAACUAAAGAUACGGUACGAAAUAAUGCCCAAAGUAAAGUAAAGUCUGUGAAUAAUAAUACUAGUACGUUACAAAAUAUAAUAGAUGAUAAAGCACACUGUGUGUUUAAUGGUACUGCUCACAAUUCAACAAAAGCUAACGAUACGAUACGAAAUAAUACUGAAAGUAAAGUUAACUCUGUGAACAAAAAUACGGUACAAAAUAAAACGAACGACAAACAACACUCUGUGGUUAAUGGUACUGCUCACAGUUCAACAAAAACUAACGAUACGGUACGAAAUAAUACGAAGACUAAAUCUAAAUCUAUGAAUAAUGGUACUAGUGCGGUACUAAAUAAAACAGUUCAUAAAGGACACUCUAUGAAUUCUAGCGUUGUUAACAAUUCAACACAAGCUAACGAUACGGUACGAAAUAAUACUGAGAGUAAAGUAAAUAAUGGUACUAGUACGGUAUUAAAUAAAGCAGACGCUAAAAAACGGCCAACAAGCGGACAAACAAGUGUGGUCUCCGACAACCUUUACAUUUAUGUAUUUUCUUUGAUAAUGUUGUUCAAAUGUUUAGUUUUUAGCUAA